AUGAGAUAUGAUGAUCAGAUCAUUAUAAUUUAUGAUCUUGUUUUAGCCCUUCUUUCAAUAUCAUUUAUAAUUCUUGUAGUCCUCUUACUGAUUUUCUGCAAGAAGAAGCCAUUCAAGGCUGAAGAAACUCUCCCUGCAAAACGAUCUGCAUGUUCAUAUUCCUUAAUGGAAAUCGACGCCGCCACGGAACGGUUCAAUGACCGCAGAGUCAUAGGAAAAGGCCACCUCGGAACCGUGUAUGCGGCCGUGAUGCCGCCUAAUGGAGAAAUAGUGGCGGUGAAAAGGAUUCAUCCAUGGCUUGUGUUGAAUAAUCCAGGUUUUGGAUUCUCUUCAAUAUUAAAAUGGCUUUCUUUAGCAGAAAGCCCUCAUUUAGUACCUGUCCUAGGAUUCUCCGAGGCACCCGGAGAAAGAAUUAUAGUAAUGGAAUUUGGAGGUAUGUUGAGUUUGGAUUUCUAUUUGCAUCAAAACUCCGACGGAGUGGCGCUUAUGGAUUGGCAGCGGAGGUUGAGGGUUGCGGCCGGGACGGCUCGGGGGAUCGAGUACUUGCAUGAAGUGGUGGCGCCACCUAUAAUUCACGGUUGCAUAAAGCCAUCGAAUAUAUUGAUUGAUGAAAAGUUUUGUGCCAAGAUAAGUGAUUAUGGGCUAUAUUUCAUGGCAGCCCAUGAAAGACAAGGCAUUGUAGGGUACGUGGAUGAAGAGUAUUGGUUGGAAAAAAGAGGGGCUUCAAAGGAAAGUGAUGUCUAUGGAUUUGGUGUGGUUUUGUUGGAGCUUUUGAGUGGUAGAAAAAGUAAACAAGGGUCGCUUGUGAAAUGGGCAAUCCCUUUGAUAAAAGGGAUGAAAUUUAGUGAAUUUUUGGACCCCAGACUUGCAAUUCCUUGUGAUAUUAAUCCUCUUGUUAGAUUAGCUAGGGUUGCUUUGGCUUGUGUUGGGAAUUCUAGGAAAAAUAGGGUUUCAAUUGUUCAAGUUGCAACAAUUUUGAACAAUUUAGAGAUUGAGUUAUAA